ACGGAAUCUCCUCGCUGGCCGGCCAGCCGCCGGCUCUGGUGUCCCCUCGCUCCGGGCCCUGGUCCCAUGACCGCCGGCAGGUGGGCCAGCGCGGUGACGGCGGCACCUGCAGGAGCCCAGGACCAUGUCCAGUAGAUGAGGGCCGCAGCGCGAGCCCUGAGCCCCGACGCCCGGCGAGAGACGCGCCCUCCGACCAGGAAGCAUGUGGCGGCCGCUCCGGGCUGCUCGGCGCCCCGGGCGGGGAAGGAGGGCGACAGGAAGGGCCCCCCGUCCAUCCUGAGACACAGCUCGCCGCCGGGGGGCCGAGGCCGCAGGGCGCAGCCAGCGAGGGCCGCCAGGCACGUGCGCUUCCAGGAGCCCCUGGAGGUGGCCGUCCGCUACAUCGCCAGCCGGGAGCACGUGCCCCCCGCCAAGGCGCCCCGCCGGCCCCGGCCCCGGCCCCGCGGCCGCUUGCUGCUGCUGCUGGGCCUGUGCGCGCUGCUGGUGCUGCUGCUGGGCCUGUGCUGCGGCCGGAUCAAGCCCCUGGCGCUGGCGCUGCAGGACCUGCGGGCCCGGCUGCUGGCCCUCGGCCUGCGCCUGCGGCAGGCGCUGCUCACCGGCUGGCACUGCCUGCUGCAACUCUGACCCGCGGCCGAGCAUCUGGAGCGGCCGCGGCGAACCGGGACGGAGGGGUCCCCUGGGAGGUCUUGCAGGAAAAGGACCCGCU